AUGUUAUAUAUGAGUGAGUUUAGCCCCGAGUCCAUUAAACCACGACAGCGUAGGUAUACAAUCGAUGUCCAUAAGAUUGAUGAAAACCCUGACAAUUUAAAUGCAAAUUACAUCAAAAAUAAUACGAUUGCAAUGAUUCCGCAGGCUCUUCUUUCACUUUCAAACUUGAUCAAUACUCAUCAUAUGUCUCUAGCUGACAUAUCUCGCGCUUCAGCAAAACUUAUACUAGACUGCUUAAUUUCAGAGUCAUUUGCCUAGGACUCUAUAUUAUGCAAUAAUCCAUAAUUAUGAAUUUUAUUCAGCCUAGCUCAGCAUAUUUCUGAACUCACGAAGUCUUCAUGAGUAGAAGUUCUUCUGAAAGAAGACGAGAAACUGAAAAUAUUUAAUCCCCUUCAACCGUUUACCGAAUUAGAAAUUAAUGAUGAAUCACUUCCCGGAUAUGUAGCUCAAACACAGCACCCAGAGCUCAUUACAAAUCCUCACACAUCCACGUUUUACUCUGCAUUCCAGCUGAAAAUCAACCCCUUUUCGCCUGUGACUAACAAAGUUAUCCAGCCGACAACAACGGCAUGCGUUCCUUUAGUUGUGGGUCAAUGAAAAGUGAUCGGGGUGGUGCAGUUAUUUAAUAAAGUGGGAGAAGACCUUUCCCAAGGCUAUUAUACAGAUAUAGACGUAGACAUUGUGACGAGCUUCGGACAUAUCAUCUAUCAAGCUUUAGAACAAAGGACAGAGUAUUUAUCGCUGUUGAAUAAAGAUGAUAGUCAUCACUUGGUGAACAAGGAGAAAAACAGGCUCCACAAUGAAGUCAACUUGAUUUGCAAGAAAAAAGAGUACUGCAAGAGGCUUGAUGAAAUAAUGAAGCCAUGGUAUAGAGUUUCUAAAGCUCUGAUAGAUGCUAUUUCUGAUAUCAUGAACACUGAUGCAAUGGUGCUUUAUAGUAUGGGUGAUGGAGUGCUGACAUGCGAGUAUGCUCAGGGAAUCAACACUGAUAUAAGCAACCAUAAGUCAAGGAUUUCGGAGUAUGUCGGAUUCACCCAUAAGGAAAUUCUCAAUAUCAGAGAUCUAUCUAUUGAGCCGCUAUGGCCGCAAGACUUGAACUAUGGCUACAAAUCCUGCCUUGUGUGCCCAAUCAUGUCCUAUACCAAUACUGUGCAAGGGGUAGUUGAGUUUUUUAGGACAAACUCAGUCUUUACAGAGAUCGAUGAAAACUUCGCAUUGUUCUUAGCGACAUCUUUAGGAAAACUUACAAAACUUUCUGUAGAGCCAAAGGGCUCUGCAAGUGAUCAAGAUGAACUGAGAAAAUGGAUUCAUGGGAUGUACUCUUAUACAAUUGACAGAAAAGAUAAGCUUUUUGACUAUGUCAAGCUCACUGAUUUGAUAACUCAGUCUUUACAUAACAUUUUGCCUCAUGAUUCUUCAUCAGUUUUUGUAGCGGAUCAACAUAAGAAAUUCAUAUGGACUAAAAAAUCAGACACAUGCGGAACUAUGGCAUUUCCAUUGUCAGCUGACACUGUUUUUGGUUAUGCUUAUUCACUGCAAAAAGUUUUGGUGCUUCCAAACUCAGAGCUUCCAGUUUUGCAUGAUAUCAACCUUUAUGAAGGCAAAAGCGUCGCGAUUUUCCCUAUAUUGUCUAAAGAGCUGAAAGACCCAAGCAUAGGACUUAUUGUAAUAAGCAGGCAAGAACCUUUUACAAAGGAUGAUAUACACAUGGUAGAAAAGUUUUCAAACUCCUUAAGUACGAUUUUCAUGAGACUAUUCAUAGAGCAUUUGCCUGAAACAAUGCUUGAUGAGAGCAAAGUUGAGUCUUCUCCUGAUCGAGCUCAAGAAAGUUCUGAGUCAGAGUUUAGAACUGUCAAUAUUUUUAGAAAAAACUCAGAAUUGGCAACACAAUCAAGCUUCUUUUUAAGUCAUGAGCUUGCAAGAAGAGAAAAAAGUAAAAAAGAGCCUCCUUUUCUGCUUAAAAGCUUAAAUAACAUUCUCGGAAUUCCAAAAGAUACCAUUCAAAGUCUGUAUGAUCUAAUCGACGAGCUAGUAAAAAAUCCAAAUGAGCCUUAUAUAAAAAUUGCUCGAAAACUAACUGAAAUCGUCAAAUGUGGUGUCGCGAAGCUCUUUUUAUAUGAUAAGUCUCAAGUAAACUUGAUAGAGCAAAUUACUAUGUCAAGCUACGCUCCAGCUGGACUAGUUAAAAAAUCAAUCCAGCAAAAAGAAAUAAUCAGCAUCAAGCAUGAUGCUGAAAAUGACAUGAACUUCGAAUUCGACUUAGACUCACUCGAUUGCGAAGACCAGGUUGACUCUUAUCUCUGCAUUCCCAUUCUUGAUAGCAGGACUGCAGUGAUAGGAGUCAUUGUAUUUGUAAAUCUUGAUAAGCUUGAAGAAGAGACUUUGCAGGUGGCUUCAUUUUUAUCCAUCCUUCCAAAAGAGUUCGCAGAGCUCGCUUCUGCUAGAGAUGACUCUGCAACUCAAUGGAAGAAGAUUUUGGAGACAGGAAGGAAGAAUAAAAUGCUUCAACACUGGUGUAAACAAGUGUUCCUUGUGUCUAAUCAAUAUCAAAAAAGAUGCGCCUAUUAUAGGGAUAUCCUUUAUAAGAUUUCUUGCUAUAACGACUUAGAAAACUUAUUGAAGUUCAGCUUGGAUUUGGUACAGUCCCAUACAAAUGCUGAUAAAGCUUAUAUUUAUUUAUAUAAAGACUCAGAAUUCGAAGAAUUAACGAUUCAUGAUGGAGAGCCUCAUAACCCUCAUGAGUGGGAGCUUGAUUUUUUUAAGCAGUGCUAUGAUAAAGGUUCGACUUCUACAUCAUUGAAGCCUAAUAAAUCGUACCAUGUAUUAGCUGUUCCUAUAAUCGAAGAUGGGGAGUUCAUGGGUCUCCUUUAUCUUAAAAACAAAAAAGAGCCUUCUUUGCUGCAAUCUGUAGAUUUUACAGCAGAAGAUAUAGAAAUUCUUGAAUCCUUAGCCAAAAUAAUUUCAGUGUCCUUAAAAAAGGGCUCUGAUUCAGAUGAAAAAAAUGCUAAUGAAGAGCUUAAGAAUUUUGUAAAAGCAAUUGCUUCAGAAAGAGACUCCUAUGCCCUUAUGACAACAAUAAGAAAAGCUGCAGAACAAUUAUGUGACUGUGAUAGAGCAAUUAUUUUCACCAAAGAAGAAAAUAUAUUAAUAGCGAGACCUCAAGGGCUUGAACAAGACCUUCCUGUGAAUUAUAGCUUUUAUAUGGGAUAUGGAAUCCCAGGAAGCGUGGCUGCUAAAAAAGCUAAAGAAAACAUAAAAGAUGCGUAUCAUGACACUCGAUUUACUCCAGAUGUCGACCGAUUGACUGGUUAUCGAACGACCAGCAUCCUUUGCAUGCCUAUCUUAGACUCAGAAAAACAAGUACUCGCAGUUAUCGAAUUAAUUAAUAAGAGGCAUGCUACUUUUGAUGCCAACGAUGAAGAAACCAUGGAUCUUUUCUGUGAAAUGGUUUCCGCUGUGCUAGAAAACUGCGACUUAUUCACAAAUACUAUUGAAGAGAGAACUAGCUUAUUAGGAAUACUCAACAGUAUCGGAAGCUAUGCUUUGGUCCUAAACAGCGAAGGUAAACUAAGCUACGUAAAUAAGCCAAUUGAAGGCGUCUUUGGAGUAAAUGAAUUUAUCGUAAAAAAGUUCCAUUAUACAGGCUGGCUUAAAAAUAACCCAUCUUUGGUGAGCGAUAUCCAAAAAGUAUAUAACGAUCCAAGUCUAAAACCUUAUAAAACCUCAAAAUGCAUUUAUACCGAGUCCCUCCGAAGCUCUUCAUUCCUCUCAAUUCUGCCUAUAAAUGACCAGAUUAAAAACCAAAAGUUUAAUUACAGAAUUCUAGGCUUAAAAGGCAUAAAUAAAGGGCAGUUUGAAGGAGUAGUUAUCAUUUUAGAAGACUGCAGCAGUCUAGAAGAAAUCCACACAAAGUUCAGAGAAGUGAAAUCUCAGAUAAAAGCUCUCACAACUCCUUUGCAAACUGAAACAGAGCUGCAAAGGUGUAUAGAAGAUCUUGCAGUUAUAACAGAUAAUGAGAAUAUCAGACCUGAAAUCAGAGACAACUUGCAAGAUAUUAUGUCGAGACUUAAAGCUGGAAAUUUAAAUAGGCCGAAAUAUAGAUUAGAAGGACCAGUUGAUCAAAUAGAGCAAGGGAUUGAAGCAUUAAAGUCGAUCUUAGAGCUUGACAUGCCAGUUGAAACCCAUAGGACCAGGAGAUACUCCUCAAUUUCUGAAUCUUCUCCUGAGAGUCUUGACUCCUUUUCUCAGCGAGUGUCAUUAGACGACAUAAGAAACUGGAACUUCAAUGCAUUUGCAGUUGACGAUCCUAUUGGCUUUGCACAUGCCCUUUUGGCUGAUUUUGAUCUUUUCAAGAGAUUCAAAAUCCGCCCACACAUAUUCGUGAAUUUCGUAGAAGAGUUAAAACACAUAUGCGACCAGCGUGGGAACCCUUUCCACAACUUUGAGCACAAUCUAAGUGUGAUGCACAGCACAUAUAUGCUACUUGCCAGCACCUCAGCCGGAUCAUAUUUUAAGCCUGCUGAUAUUUUAGCAUUGCUAGUUGGAUCAGUUUGCCAUGAUUUAGACCAUACUGGAAGAAAUAAUCCAUUUGAAUGCGCAAAGUCUUCGAGGCUAGCAAUAAUGUACCAUGAUAAAUCAGUUUUGGAGCAGCAUCACGCUGCAACAGCUUUCUUCACUAUGCAGAAUGAAAACUGCAAUAUUUUUAAGCAUUUGAAGCCUACAAAGUAUAGGUAUAUAAGGAAAUUAAUGAUUUCUUCAAUUCUGGCAACUGAUAUGAGUAAGCACUUGGGGAUGAUGUCAAAUAUGACUAGGAGGUUCAAUGAUUUAGUCGAAAAUCCUCUAGGCACGCUGGAAAAAGACACAGAAAAAGUAGCAGGGUUUGUGCUGCACUCUUGCGAUCUUGCACAUGGCACUAAAGCAUUUUCUGUAUAUGAAAUCUGGUCCAGGAGAGUCUGUGAGGAAUUUUCAGAGCAAUAUAAGGAUGAAGUAGCACUAGGACUUACACCAACUGGGUUCAUGAAAGACCUUGAUAAGCCCAAAGUUUAUUAUUCAAAUGAGAUCAACUUUAUGAAGUUUGUUGUUAGGCCGCUGUGGGAGUGCUUAGACUUGUGGCUUAAGCCUAAUUUGAGUAACUACUUACAAAAUAUGAAUAAGAAUAUUGAAGAAAUGCAGGCUAGACUAGAAAACGAAGAUGAAGCAGCAUAG